AUGGGCCGACGGAUCACGAUGAUGUGGGCGGCCGCCGGGUACGUCGUGUUGCUCUGCGAGAAGUCGGCCGACAAUUACGACGGUGCAUUGGAUUUCAUAAAAGCCAACAAGGAACAACAAGCAGCGCGACUGGGCACCACUCCCGGCGAGGUCAAAGUUACGGCGUCGUUACAGGACGCCGUACAGAACGCCUGGAUGGUCAUUGAAGCCAUUCCCGAGAAACUGGACCUGAAGAUCGAGCUACUAGCCCAAAUCGAUCAAUUCGCGCCGCCAGACUGCGUCAUUGCCUCGAACUCGUCGUCGCUACGUACUAGCCAGAUGAUCGUCAAAACCGAGAAGAACUACCGCAUCUGCAAUGGCCAUUACUAUAUGCCGCCUGAGCAGACUUACUACGAGCUCAUCGCCGCCGGUUUUCAGCCUGCGCAUGCCAAGGUCGACUCCACUGGCUUGAUCUUCAAUCGAAUCUGGGCUUCUAUUAAAAGAGAAUGUCUGUUGGUCAUGGCCGAUGGGGUUAGCGACGGCCAUACCAUUGAUGCCAUGUUCAAAAGCUGGUUCCAAGCUUCUAAGGGCCCAUGUAUGAUGAUGGACACUGUCGGACUGGAUACCGUGGCCAACAUCGAAGAGGUAUAUGUUCAGCAACGUGGCCUGGACCCUCGAGCUAUGCAGUGGCUGAGAGACACCUACGUCAGCAAGGGCAACUUGGGCUCCAAGGGCGGAAAGGGGCUACUGAGUUAA